UCGGGUGCCGCAGCCGCGGGCCCGUCCCAAAAUAGGCUGUUUGACCUGCUGUGCAUGGGCUAAUCCACAGAGCCAACGUACUUGAUUUAUUUCAGUUCUGAGCAGAAACAAGGGCUGGGUGGGGAAACACCAGAAUGAAAGACAUGGACAAUAUCAAAACUGUAAAGAAAGAAUGGGUGUGUAAAUCAGGGACUGAUGAUCAGAUUUUGAAUGGUACAGAACAAAACUGUGACUACUUUGUAGAUAACCUAUUUGAAGAAGCUCAGAAGGUUGGUGCUAUGUGUGUGCCCCCAACUACAGUCAAGAACCAGGUUGAUGUAAUUAUUAAACUUUGGAAAAAUGGAUUUACAGUAAAUGACGGCGAACUUCGCAGCUACACUGAUGUUGCAAACCAGCAGUUUUUGGAGUCCAUUAAAAAGGGGGAACUGCCUUUUGAGCUUCAAAAAGUUUUUGAUAAGGAGGAGGUAGAAGUGAAAGUGGAAGAUAAAAAAGAUAAGGUGUAUUUGUCAUCGAAAAAGCCAAUGUUUCAUCCCUUUUCUGGACAUGGUUACAGAUUAGGAAGUGCUACUCCAAAGAUAAUCUCUCAAGUGGGAGAUGGUCAUCCAGGACCUGCUGACAAAAGACACCUGCCUUUAGUACCCUUGAAUGAUUUGGAGCCUAUAACCAAUGUCCAGAUAUGGUUAGCUGAUGGGGAAAGGAUAAUUCAGAAAUUCAAUGUUUCUCACAGAAUCAGCCAUGUCAGAGACUUCAUAACAAAGUAUCAAGGAUCUGAGGGAAGUGUUCCCUUCACUCUGACCACCUCCCUGCCUUUCCGAGAGCUUCAGGAUGAGACUCUCACGCUCGAAGAGGCAAAGUUGCAAAAUGCUGUUGUUGUUCAGAGACUUCGGAAGACAACUGAACCUUUCAGACUCUUAGUGAUAAAAACACCUGACAAUGACUACAAAACUGCUGCUACACCUAAUGGACAACUCAAUAAUGAGCAAAAAAAUGCUAUCAAUAGUACAAGAUCAAACUAGCUUUUAACUGACCAAAAAUUAUCUGCAGGGUGAACUAGGCAAAACCAAAAAUGUAACCAGCAAUAUGUGGAUGCCCUCACAUCCUCAUGCACUGUGCUCUUAGAGAGCAGAAUGGGUGCUGUGCUGUCGUCUGCUAUAACAGAGGUAUUUUCAUCUAAAUUGGGUGGUCAGAACCUGGCUAUACAAUGUAGCAGAGGUAACUGUACAGCAGAUCAUCCUUAGACUUUCCUUAGGUAAAAAGCUGCUUACUUAUUUAAUAACUGGGUCUAGGUGGAACAGUUCUCUGAGACUUAACUACUGAUAGCACCUUUUAAGGAAAAAUAGUAUUUAUUUUUGCACUUUGGACUAAAGUGAAAUUUCACUUACAUUGUAGUGUAAACUGCUGCAGUUUGCAUUCUUCUCACAGUAACUCUUCAACAGCCAAUACUGCAGGCAUGCUCACAUGUGAACUCUAACUUGAAGAUCUUCAGGAUGUAACUUUUAUCACAAGAUCUGCAGUGUAAUAAUGUUCUGUCAAGUCUUCACAUGGUGGUAGGUGCAUGUGUGAGAAGAUACAGCUGAGGUAGUCUGGUGCAUACUGCAUAUGAAGUGCCUCAAAGUAAGCUCUGAAGGAAUUGUUCUUAUGGUUGAAGUGGUUUCUGCUUCUUCUGGGCUGCUACAGGUGUCUUGCAGAUCAGGUGAUGUUAAACUACCUAGCUCAUUAGCAUAGAGACCCGCUUGUAGCUUUGUCACACAGAAACUUCAGCUUUUUCAGCCAUCACCAAGCAGGAGUAGUAGUUUAGAGGGACACAGUUGUUUUUAUAUUUUUUAUCUGCCUCUGUCCUGAACUGCCCAGUUCAUGGAGGCACUAAUUGCAUGUGGUCAAGUUUCAAAGAUGUUGAAAAUCCUUACUUGAAAACUGAAGUUUUUCUCUCCAUUUUGCCCCAUUUACAUCCAAAUCUUUUAUUUUGCUAUUUAUGUACUCAAGGCAUCAAGUUUGUAGCAACUAUCCUGUGUUUUGCUAAAAGAAAAAACAACAUAAAGACUUAA